AGAGAGAGAGAGAGAGGAGGCAGAGAGUGAGAGAGAGGGAGAGGGAGAGGAGAGCAGAAAGUAAGAAGGACGGAGAGGGAGCAGAGAGGUAGAGAAAGAGUGACAGAGAAUUAAAGAGAGAGAGAGAAACAUAUCGAGGGCAGCGUACUGUGAGCCAGCAGCGGUGCAGAGGACAAGGGAUGGCCGACAUGACCAGCGAAGAGCCGGACAACUCCGCCGGGAAAGACGAGCUGGACUGGGGCUACGAGGAAGGUGUAGAGUGGGGACUACAUUUCCCAGCAGCCAACGGGGAGUACCAGUCCCCCAUCAACCUCAACUCCAGGGAGGCGCGCUACGACCCCUCCCUCCUGGACGUGCCGCUCACCUCCAACUACGUGGUCUGUCGCGACUGUGAGGUCAUCAACGAUGGACACACCACCCGCAUCCUACUCAAGUCAAAGUCAGUGGUUACGGGGGGCCCUCUGCCCAGCGACCAUGAGUACGAGCUCCACGAGGUCCGCUUCCACUGGGGCAAGGAGAACCAGAGAGGCUCCGAGCACACCGUCAACUUCAAGGCCUUCCCCAUGGAGCUCCACCUCCUCCACUGGAACAGCACGUUGUAUAGCUGUGUGGAGGACGCCUUGGGCAAGAACAACGGAGUCCUCAUCAUCGCUCUGUUUGUACAGAUUGGUAAGGAGCACCUGGGCCUCAAGGCCAUCACGGAGGUUCUGCAGGACCUGCAGUACAAGGGAAAGUCCAAGAUCAUUCCCUGUUUCAACCCCAACUCUCUGCUCCCAGACCCCCUGCUGAGGGACUACUGGGUGUAUCAGGGCUCCCUCACGACGCCCCCCUGCAGUGAGAAUGUCACUUGGAUCCUCUACCGCUACCCGCUCACCAUCUCACAGAUACAGAUCGAGGAGUUCCGCCGUCUGAGGUCACAUGUCAAGGGGGCGGAGCUUCAGGAGGGGAACGAUGGCAUGCUGGGAGACAACUUCCGGCCCACGCAGCCCCUCAGCGACCGGGGGGUCCGCGCCGCCUUCCAGUGACCCCCCCUCCCCUUGUGACCCCCCAACCCACCCACACCCCCAUCCCCUAUCCCCACAGCAAAUGUUGGGUGAGGAUAGUGUCGGGAGGAGAGGAUCUGAUGCUGAUCAGCCUGACAAAGCAGCCAUUCAGCCUCUCACCCUGCCCUGUGUUUGUGUGUGUGUGUUUAAAUACGUUGAGGUGUGUGUUGUGAAAGCCAACCUCUGCUGCUAGGAGCCUUCACCACAACAUGGAGGGUGAGAAUCUCCUCCUCUAGCUAGCUCUGACAACCACCAAUGUAACCCUUAUCAACCAUUUGUGGCGUGCGUGCAUGUGUGAUCCUGCACUGUUAAUAAAGAACACACCGACUUCAGCUGUUUGAUUGGUGGAACAAAUCAAAA